AUGGGUGUACCAGGACAAUGUCAACAGUAUAACCAGAACCAACAGCAACAACAGUACCAGGUUAUCCUUACUGAGUUCACUGGUGGAGAAGAAAAUGAGGCUGAACUCCUUGCUGAAGUAGAAGCCUUGAAGGGAAAGAUGAAAGAAUAUGGUAAAGGUCCAACUGCUGAACAUAUCAGUGGUAUAGUGCAAAAUGAAGCACCUUACCCAGGACGACUGAGACAGAGGGCCAAAGAAAAGGAGGCCAGUGAAAUGAUGAAGAUGUUUCAGAAGGUGGAACUGAGCAUACCGUUGCUCGAUGCCGUUAGACAAAUUUCAAAGUAUUCCAAGUUCCUGAAGGACCUUUGUUCAAGAAAGGUAAAGAUAGAAGAAGAAGUCCGAUAUGUGAUGGGCGAAAGUGUAUUGGCAGUGAUCCAACGGAAGCUAUCCCCAAAACGGAAGGAUCCAGGGAUGUUCACCAUUCCGUGCAAUACUGGAGAAACCAACAUGGAUAAAGUAAUGAUGGACUUGGGAGCCUCUAUAAAUGUGAUGCAACUGGCCGUUUAUGAAAGAUUAGACAUUGGAGAAUUGAGAAAUACCCGUGUGGUCAUACAGUUAGCUGAUUGGUCCAAUGCUUACCCAGAAGGUGUGGUGGAAGAUGUACUGAUUAAGGUGGGGGAUUUGAUCUUUCCCGUUGAUUUCUAUGUAUUGGAUACCGGACCAGAGACUGGGGAGAAUGCUAUAUUGCUUGGAAGGCCAUUCAUGAUGAUCGCGGGGACUAAGAUUGACAUGAAAAUCGGAGUUCUCACAUGUGAAUUCGAUGGAGUUCUAGAGGAGUUCAACAUUUAUGAAACCAUGAAGAGAAAACAACAAGUAAAAACAGUGGAUAUGAUAGAUGCAUUUGAACCACUUGUACAAGAACAAGGAAUCGAAUUUGAGUCAGGAGAUACGCUAGAAAAAGUAAUCCAGUAUGGUCUAACCGAUCGAGCUGCAUCGCAUAUGGAGGAUGAGGCCAUGAAGGAAGCCAUUAUGGGGCUCUACUCUCUCAAAGAGAGUACCCUGGAAGUUAAAUUUGAAGUAGACCAGAAAAUUAAAGACAUUAUCCACGAAGUCUAUUCAGUUGGAGGAUCAGCAGAAGGUAAACCGAAGUUACUGGCUCAAUAUGGGCAGAACGAGAAGCUUUUACCUUCUAUUAUGAAAGUACCCAUUUUUGAACUCAAGCAAUUACCUAAGCACUUGCAAUAUGCUUACUUGGGCCCCGACGACACGUUACCAGUGCAAAUCUAA